UUGACAUUAUUUUAUAGGUUAAAUUAAAUUGUUUAUAAUUUUUCAUUUUCGUUUCCCAUCAAAUAGUUGCUUUGAUUUUUCUUUGCCAAUGAUAACAUUUUCAUGGCGGAUAACAUAAAGAAAGGAAGUGUUAAUAAUACUGGCCAGAAUCGUAAAAAAAAUUACAAAAGAACAAGUGAGGAGCACCUGCGACAGCCACGGCAACCGAAAAAAGUAGAAAGGGGUGACAAUAUAAUCUAUGUGUCUUCCAAAACAAAUAUAAAGGCAAACCUUGAACGUUGUCAAAAGCUGAUAAACAACAAGGAAGAUGAAAUUAUCAUUCAUUGUCUAGGAGCAGCAAUACAAAGGGGCAUUUUGCUUGCCUUGCAGAUAUGUGAGAACAAUAUCACAUUCAAGAUUCAUACCAAUACCCUCACAACUGAACUAAUUGAUGACUUGGAACCAGUCAUCGACGAUGCCGAUUACGAAAUCCAAAAACGUUACAACUCGGCUCUUCGAAUAAGAGUCUUCAACACAAAUCCGCUGGAUAAACAAAAAUAAAAUGUUCUUCACAACAGAGGAACUGGUCAGAUGGCUGGGUCUCACUGUAUUCGAAAUAUGGAUAAACUUGAUAUCAUUCCUCUUGUUCACUAUCAUAUUCGUGUUUAAGUACGACCCCAGCGUGGAUUUGCACGCCAAUGAUUGGGGGAUGAUUUUUUUCCCGCUUUUUGCUGGUGACGCUCUGAAUGCGUACUUUUGCAUAAUAAUCUUCAUAAGGAUGUUGCUGGAAAUGACACUCAAGUUCUCAUUGCUGAGGAUCACUUGGUCGGGGAUAUUGUUACUGAUGACGUUUCUGUUCAAAUAUUUGUUGUAUAGAAAACUGCUGGGUCAAACUAGCUUCGAUUACUCGGAAGUGUUUGCACCUCUUUUUAUACUAUUACAAUUGAUAGCUGUGAGAGCUUGUCAACAGAGUUGAUUGUGAAUUUUCUAGAAAUGAUAACUUCUAUCAUCCCGAGGGUUUGGAAGGAGAGAUUCAGUAAUAUUACUAUGACCUAGAGCUUAGGAUUUAUUAAAAUAUUCUGUAAUAUAUUUUUCAGCUGACUUUCGAUUCGCCAUUUUAUUAACUUUGGCCUGGAAUUUAUUCCCUUUCCCAGCUCCUUUUCCGUCCAACAAUUCAC